AUGGAGUACAGUCCUCCCAGAAUGACACUAGAGGAGCUGGAUAAAAAACUGGCAGAAUACGACCUACCUACUCAAAGUCUGCCAGUGAAAUCAACGGACUUCAACUAUCCCCAAAAUUGUCAGUCUCAGUUUGGGAGAUCCCAACAGAUUAGAGGGGAUAGCACCAAGGAUGGUCGAUGUCCAGAAGUUAAAAGGGGCAGAGUGGAAGUCAUUGGUCAAACUAAGGCCAAUGAAAGCCCAGUGUUUCGCAGUCGUAAACGCAAAAGAUGCUGGGAAGGUAAACUCGUUUGUUUCUUUCUUCUUUUUUUUUACCCAUUGUACUGCGCUGCAGAAUAUGUCAGCACUAUAUAAAUCGUUGUAAUUGUUAUUGAAGGUCAAGCUGAAGAUGAGGAUGGUUUCCAGCCCAAAAGACAACGGGUCGCAGAUGUAGAUUUCACUUCUCCCAGAAUAACACUAGAGGAGCUGGUUAAAAAGCUGUCAGAAAUACGUGUUGAAAGCCGGCCAGUUAAAUCAAUGGACGUCAACCAUUCCGGCACACAAGACUCAUCUGUUGAAGAUAUGGAAGUCGAUUAG